CCCCUGCAGGUGACGGUAGUGGCCUUUAGAGCCCUGAACAUGGGCUCUUGGUGUGCUGGCUUUUUUCAGAUCGCAGUCCAGGAGAGGAAUGCUGUGGCUAACUGGAUGAGGGCUCGGGAUUGGGAGAGGAGGAUAGUGCAGCAGAGCAGGGAGAACGCCUACCUGAAACACAGACUGCGCAUGAUAGAUGGGGAGAUGCUGCCUGUGGGACCCACGUGUCGCGGACCGAUGCCGGGAAGGCCUGAGUUCCAGAAGCCUCUGUGGCAAGGUAGAGAGCACGAUGUGAAAUGCAGCAGCCUGAUUUCUGCUGUGAAACCACACGGUGCCUUUCCCAUUCCUGGACACUUGCCCUUGUGACAGGUGGAGCUCACGUCCCUCCAC